CAUUACAAUCAUCGUGCAGUUACAUAUUAUCGUAUUUUUUCUAGAUAAGAACGAUAUGGAUUACUAUCCACGAGUUUAAUAAAUUUUUAUUAAUAAUAUCGUGUAGUCGUGUUCAUUACGGUGCGUGAUUAGUUGAGUACGUCGCGUCGUUUGAUGUUACGUUUUUUUUUUGGCUCAAAACUUCCGUCGAUUGGACAAGUGCUUUCAGUAUUUUUUUAUAAUGUGAGAACAGUAAAACUUAAUACAAGAGAAAGUGCAUCAUUAGCAGUACGUGAGUGCAAUAUUUUUUGGGAAAAAGCUCGAAUUCCUGUCCGAGCAGUUCAACAUUGUAUUACUAAACUUUUGAAUUUGUACGAAGAAUGGCGUGAUCUACAAAAAAAUGCACAUAAAGUAGGUGAUUCAUUUAAAUUAAAAGAAACAGAAUUCAUUAACAAACUCAAUAAUUUAUUUGAUAUUGCACAUGCUAAUGCUUUAAAUAUUAUGAAAAUAGAAAAUGACAAACAGUUUUUAAUUAAUCAAAGACUUCCUGGUAGAAUUGGUUGUCUUGGUGGUGUAGACAAAAAGUUACUCGAAAAUGAAAAUAAAGCAAAAAACGUAAAUGUAGUGAAAUAGAAAAUCUAACAAAUCGAAAACUUCAAUCAUCAGACCCAAAAACAUUUUCAUCAAAUUAUAAUUCAACUGAAAUUCAAAAUCAAUUGUUUGAUAUGUCCU